AUGUCAUGGGCGAAAAUCAUCGGAAAUUUCUUUAGUGAUGACAACUCGUCUUCUAAAAACGCUCAAACUGCGCCACUUCCCGAUCCGUUGCCAUCAAUUCCUCCCAACUCAACACCAAUUCCUACUUCUCAGGCUCAAGUUGAUUCUUCCUCACAGUACUCCGCAUGUGAUAUCCCUCAGCAGUUGGUCGAGGAAAAUGAAUUCUUAUACCUUCAACUACCCGAGGAUGUUAAAUGUGUUUUGGAUAAAUUGCGUGUAAUCCAAUACUCCGAAAAAUCCAUCAUGUUUGAUCAGCAAAUGCCAAAUGGUGAAUGGCAGAGCCCAUUUGCCACCCUUGAAGCCGCCUUGAUGUCGAUCCUUUUAUUGACUCCGACAUU